CACACCAAUGUGAUCAUGCCCAGCCUGUUCGGCAUCAUCUGUUUCCUGGGUAUCGUGGGAAACGUCAUCGUCAUCUACACCAUCAUCAGGAAGAAGAAGCUCAAGUGCAAGCAGACCGUGCCUGACAUUUUCAUUUUCAAUCUCUCCAUUGUGGACCUCCUCUUCCUCCUGGGCAUGCCGUUCCUCAUCCACCAGCUCCUGGGAAAUGGCUCGUGGUACUUUGGAGCUCCCCUGUGCACCCUCAUCACUGCCCUGGACGCCAACAGUCAGAUCACCAGCACCAACAUCCUCACGGCGAUGACCCUGGACCGCUACCUGGCCACCGUCUACCCGCUGAAAUCGGCCUGUGUCCGGACGCCGUGUGUGGCAACGCUGGUUAUCUGCUUGGUGUGGCUGCUCUCCUUCCUCACCAUCAUCCCCGUGUGGAUGUACGCGGGCCUCAUGCCUCUGGAGGACGGUAGCGUCCGCUGUGCUCUCUUGCUUCCCAACCCGGACACRGACGUCUACUGGUUCACCCUGUACCAGUUCACGCUGGCGUUCGCUGUGCCCCUCGCUGUCAUCUGCGUGGUCUAUUUUAAGAUCCUCCAGCACAUGGCCACGGCGGUGGUGCCGCUGCCCCAAAGGAGUCUCCGGCUGCGCACCAAGAGAGUCACCCGCAUGGCAGUUGCCAUCUGCUCUGCCUUUUUCAUCUGCUGGGCCCCCUUCUACGUCCUCCAGCUGGCUCACCUCAGCAUUGACAGCCCGUCCGUGGCCUUCUUUUACGCCUACAACUUUGCCAUCGGCUUGGGCUACGCCAACAGCUGCCUCAACCCCUUCCUCUACAUCGCCCUCAGUGAGACCUUCAAGCGGCAGUUCUUGGUGGCCAUUCGCCCUGCAAAAGAGCCACGUCGCAACAGCAGCUCUGCCAACAACAACAGCAUGACCGAGGCCAGCGUCYGCCUGAAAUUGCUGCCGGAAUCCACUCAGCAGACUCCGUUCCUGGAGGACUUUCCCCCACGCUCGUUGCCCGUGACUGUGGCUGUUCACUAG